AUGCCCCCUUGGCCAGUCGCCAUCCGGAACCUCGAACCGACAACAGACAACCAGGACGACCGCGCGCCGGAGAUCGACAUGACCACCCGGACCGCCAGAUCCAGACGGCCAACCGCCCCGCGGAAACGCCGACGCGUCGGGUUCUUCCCCGAGCCCGCGCAAAUCCCCAAACCUACACCACUCACCGCGGCCAAUUGUAUUCCCCUCCACGCCACGGAGGACCCAACACCUGUCCCACCUAUUCUCCACACGAGACGCGCAGUAGACCCCGCGGCGUUCCAACACGUAUCUUCCCCUUUCACAACGACCAACGCCCCCCCUGUCCUUGAUCCCACGAUGAUCGGUUUGGCGAACCUCCUGCCCGUUUCGCACGGUGACCACGACGCUACCCCUGCUAUUCGCGGUGGUGACCUGAGAUCGCAGAUCCCGUUUCCAACGGUGACCCAGACCUUGAGCCCGUUGGCCGCGACGGUGACCCUAGACCCCAGACUCCCCAGAAAACCUCCCAGAACACCGUCCCCACAGAACCAAGAUCUAUCCGAACCCUCCCUUACCACCGGGCUCUCGGCGCCAUCCACUUCGCAAGCUCUCGUGCACAUUAAACGCCGACUGAAGUCCAUCGGUGGUACGCUAGAUGCGCGGCAAGAACAAGCCCUCCUGGCGGAGCUCUGCGUACACUCUCGGAACUGUAUCAGCGGUCCCCUCGUGACGGACGCUCGAUUGACCACCCAGGCCACCAUCCACGGUCACCCCGCCACCGUCCUCCUCGACACCGGGUGCUCCACAUACAUGAUAAGCGAUCAAUUUGUCAAAGCACACCGCCUACGCCUUCGUGAAUCCCGCAUCCAACUUGAAUACGCAGCGCGCGACUCCCGUCGCUCAUCCUCCUCCUACACUGUUGCGGACAUCACCAUCGACGAAUACGCCGAGAAGCUCCCAUGA